ACACACGAAGAUGUCUAUGGUCAUAUUUGACAGAAUAUUUAUGUUUAACCUAUUAACGAGAUGUUUUAGUUACUUAUUGCUUUCAUUUAAAAAAAAAAUUGAAGAUCUCAAGUGUAAUAAUUAUUGUACGUACAAGAUUUUAGUUUUAUGGAUGAAAUAAUAACACUAGCUUCCGACGAGGAAGAAACCGUUUCUCCUCCUAAAAAGAGAAUAAAUCCAUACAUAUUAAACAACUUACCGAAUGUAUCCAUAACAAAAGUUAGGAAGAUAAAAGAGAAAAGACAAGAUAUAGUAGUUUUAUCAUCGGAUGAUGACAGUGAUGAUGAAAUUAAAAAAAAGCCAGAUGAAAAGGUAGAAUGUACUAACGGUAAAGAAGCAGUUGACGUUAAUAUAAAUAAUGAUAUAAUUCAAAUAGAUGAUGGAGAUGUCGUUGAAAAUAAUAGUGUUAAUGAUAGUAUAGAAAUAAUUGACGCCGACAAUGAUUUGGAAUCGACGAAAAAUUUGAACAAAUCUUGCGAAGUGAUCAGUGCAGAGAGCGAAGAAGCUAACACGAGCAAAGACAAUGAAAUAAUCGAUGACAUAAUCGAUGAUAUACUCGAUGCUAAAGAAUCAGAUGAAUCGAUAGCUAGUCCUUCAGUACCUGACAAACCUCCCAAUACUAUAUUGUUAGAUCAGUUAUUAAAAAUUAUUGAGGAACAAACUCAGGAUGAAAAAUAUACUAUAAUUCGAGAAAAAAUUCCGUUGCUAUUAAGUUAUUACCGUAAACGCAACGAUAAUCUAAAAGAUUGCAACGAUUUCAAAAUCCUUUUAAAGUCCUGUUCCGAGAAAGCCGAAAAAAGUGCCGCAUUAGCAGUGAAAGCUUUCCACGAAGUUUACCAAUACUUAAAGGAACAAGUGAACGUCGAUAGCGUGGAAGUGGAAAAACGUUACAUACCUCAUAUACAGAAAUUAGAAAAAGCAAUUAAACAACUAGUUAAAGUCAUAAAACAUCUGGAGGAACAAGAAGUCGAUUUCGAUGAAGAGGAAGAUUCUGCUUUCAUAAAAUUAGAGAGAUAUAAUAAUCGUUUGGAUAAAAUAUAUAAAAAAUAUUGUGCUUUGUUAAAUAAAAAUCCUUAUAGCGGCCGAUUAACGUACGCAAAAUUGGAUUUCGUCGAUUCGGAUUAUAACGAAAUCAACAGGGCCAUUAGCAAAAAAUUUAGCAACAGAAAGUUUCCUUCUUAUUACGAAAUGGAAAAAUUCAUAGGAAAAGUUGCCAAAGAUAAUAAUUUGAAUUUGAAGGAAGAAAAAAUCAAGAAAGAAAGUAUUCAUUGCUUCAAAAGAUUGGGCGAACUGUUACAAAAUAGACGACGAAAAGAAUUAUACGACAGUCACGUAACGUUGAUCAAAGAUACCGAAGACCCUGCAAAAGAAAAUCCAGAGUUAAAUACAAUUUUGAAACACAAUUUUAUAGAGGGGCAAAAGAAAAUUGACAAAUUGGUCGAAGGGUUUGUGAAUAGGCCGGAGGAAUCUAGUUCGUCACCUAAUGAUUCCGAUGAUUCCGAUAAAAGUGAUGAUGAAGAUGAAGAAGACCAAGAAGAAGAUAAUGAUGAUGGAGAGGGAUAAUGAUUUAAAUAUUAUAUAUGUUUUUAAAUUUUUCUAGUACAGAAAUAUUUUAAUAAAAAAAUCUUUUCUUCCCA